AUCUGAGAGAGCUCGCGUGUAGCUUGGCAAGAUCUCAGAGCGGGUGAGAGAGCGCAGUGGGGAGCAGGGAGAGCGAAGAGAGAGAGAGAGCUCGGGAGAGGAAGAUCUCUGGGAGCAAGGCGGUGGGAGACGCUCUCAGAGCGCGAGAGGGAGGAGAGCGAGCGAGCGAGAGGGCUCUGCUCGGGGGGGAGAGAGUGAGAGGGAGAGAGGGAGGGAGGAAAGAGAGAGAGGGCGGAGGAGGAGGAGGAGAGGAGGAGGAUGAUGCCCGCGUGCUGGUGGCGAGGCGCGGCAUGUCUGUUCAGUGCGCGGCGGUAGCGAGCGCCUCCGCUCUGCUGGUGGGAGCCGCGGCGCUGCUCGGGGUCACCGCGCUGGAGGGGUUCCCCUCCUCCUCGUGCGCCCUGCCCGGACUCACCUGCGGUUUGGUCUGCGGCCUCUCUGCCAUCCUGCAAAGGACCUGGAGAACCAUGGGCAAGAGACGCUGCCUCGCAGAACCAGACGCUAACAUGGCGGCGGGUUGCUGCGGGGUCAAAAAGCAACGCUUGGCCACCACCUCCACCACCUCCUCCACCACCACCUCCUCCUCGUCCACCUCGUCCACAUCCGCUACCGCCUCCUCUACCACAUCAUCAUCAUCGACCCCAGCCUCGUCAUCAUCAUCAUCGGCGGCUGUAGCAGCAGCAGCAGCGGCGGCGGCGGCGUCAAGCGGAGCCGGCUCACACAAUGGCCACGUGGACGGGCUAGACAGAGGAGGUGGAGGAGGAGGCGGCUUAAGUGUUGGCUUGGGGGGAGGAGGAGGUGGUGGUGGACGAGGAGGCCGGGAGGCGAUGUCUGGGACCGGCUCGAGGACGAUGAUGAUGGUGAACGGAGCGGCUGGUGGACAACGCGGAGCGGCGGCGGUGGCGUCUCCCGAGAUGUGCUGCUUCUGUUUCGACGUUUUGAGCGCGCACCUCCACGGGUUCCAGCCGCCAAGGAACCCGAGGUUCACCAACGACCCCUACCCGCUGUUUGUGACGUGGAAGAUCGGACGAGACAAACGCCUGCGUGGUUGCAUCGGCACUUUCUCAGCCAUGAAUCUGCACUCAGGACUCAGGGAAUACACCCUAACCAGUGCCCUUAAGGACAGUCGCUUUCCUGCCAUGACGCGGGAGGAGCUUCCGCGGCUGUUCUGCUCCGUGUCGCUUCUCACCAACUUUGAGGAAGCGGAUGACUACCUCGACUGGGAGGUGGGCGUGCACGGCAUCCGGAUAGAGUUCUGCAACGAGAAGGGCGUCAAGCGAACGGCCACCUACCUGCCCGAGGUGGCCAAGGAGCAAGGAUGGGACCAGAUUCAGACGAUUGAUUCGCUGCUACGUAAGGGUGGCUACAAGGCACCCAUCUCUACUGACUUCAGGAAGACCAUCAAACUGACCAGAUACCGCAGUGAGAAGGUAACGGUGAGCUACUCGGACUACCUGGCCUCGCGACACCAGACCGUCCACAACGGCGUCACCUACCCAACCGCCCCCCACUACGCGCACUACUCCUGACGGCGCGCCCCCCGCGGGCCCCCGCCCCCGCCGCCGCUAGGCCGACCUCGCACCACCCGGGACCAAGUGGCCCCCCGCGGGGGGGGCUCGGCGCGACGCGAGGGCGAGCCCCCCCGGCUGCCCCCCGCGGAACACUCGUGAGGGCGUUCGCGUCCAAAAGGCGGUCGCACCGGCGGUCCGGUGCGCUCGCCACGGCUCCCACCCCUCCCUCCCGGCCCCCCCCCCCCUUCCCCAUUACAACCCCUGACCUCGUGGUCAAGCCCAGUUAUGUUUUAAAAGCUUUGGCGGUUGUUUACUCGCGCCAGCAUGACCUGGAAAGCGGGGGUUGUUAUUACUUUUUUAUGUUAUUAGUAUGGUUGUUCUUUUAAAUGCAAUGGCUUUUAUGUUACUCCAGAGUAGGCAAGUAACGAUUUGGUGGGUUUUCGCAUUUCGGCAUCGCUUAUCUGAUUGAGCAAUCGGUUUAUUUUCCAACUAACAAUAGCAGUCAUCUAUCCACUGCUUUAUUUGUACUGCAUCUACCGUCCCGCCUGUCCCGCUGCCUUGCACGCACACUCUUUUGCUCGUAACGUCCAUCUCAUUUGUACCGUCUGCCUUGCUUUUUUUACCGUCUUUGUACUCUCUCGUUCGCCUCGUUGGCCUAAACGUGACAUCAACGUACAAUUCCCGCGCAACGAUUUUUCGCAAAUCGCAAAAGCGAGUGGAGUUCCUUCCCCCCCCCCCCCCGCUUGCACGGUUUCCAUUCGUGCAACGUGAGCGUGGCGUGUAAGUAAAAAAACAAAAAAAUCUUAUUUCAACCGACGAACUGACGCAUCGUCGUUACGUGCCUACUCGGAAGCCCUCGCUCGGCCCUAACGGGGGUGGUGGCUGUGAGGGGGGGCGGCGCGGUCUUCAACACAACAACAACAACAACAACGGCCGCUGUUUAAACCGAUAAUCUCUCGCGGGAUCCGGACUGUGUUCGGGCUACGUGCCGGCGAUUGUAAGCCACCCUCUACGCGUCCGUUCCCCCCCCCCCCGACACAGUUGGAUUCCCGUUACGCUUGGAGUUACCUUCGCUCGGCCGAUCUCCCAUCGCUCGCGCCGCUGGAAUUUGCACUACGAGCCGAGAGCCGCCCCCUUCUGUACUCCCACCGCACCAUCGUCGCUCUGCCGUGUAACCGCUCGAUGAUGAACAUAAGAAUAUUUGAGGGCAAUCGUCGUUGCUGCAAGUUGUCGCUGGCAAUAGUGGCCGCGAUUUUCAGUUUCCGAAAUCCGGAUGAUUCUGUUGGCUGCGAAUCCCCCCUUGUGUGCAUUUGGGACGCAUCGUCCAGUUGGACAGCAGAUAGAAGUCACGUGACUAACCUCCCGAGGUUUUGUGUGCUCUGUAGACCAAUCGUUGUUCAUGAAAAACACACUUUUAAGAAAAGUUUUUCUUUGGCCAGAGGGAGUUCUGUCACUGCGUCCAUAGCCCCAUAACCAAAUCACCCGCAGUGCACCCGUCAGAUAUUUUAAGCCUGCAUGGUACAUUGAUGAGUGACCACCACGCACAAAGAGGUUGCCAUGGGCUUGCUGGCGGAGCUCAUGUGGUGGGCAGCCAGAGGGCAGUGCAGAAAAAUCCGUUGUACUGUGCUUCUAUGCUCCCUAUCUCACAGUGACCAGUGUGAUGAAGUGUUGUCAGAAAACCCACACAAACUGUGUGGAGAGCCCCCGCAUCCAACAGUGGCUUGACUAACGGGGUUGACACACGUCACCGGUACUUGUGAAGGGGGCCCUGUCCGUUGGCCGUAGUUGCUCAUGGGAAAUGUGUUUUGCCGGCGACGGUUGUCUUAAAAUUAUCAUCGUGCAUCCUCGACCUUUUACAGACGUACGGCAUCGAUCGCGCCGACCUUUUAACCUUAGACGAGCAUUACAAAUUCUAGCUUCACCUUGUUUGUAAAAUCUGCAGCAGUAACAAAACUUGCAAUGGGGGGGUGGUGGUGGUGGUGGGGGAGGGCAAGGCUAGUCCAGAUGCCACGACUCGUCUCUUGAUCGUUCGCUGUGGACGGAAAUGUCACUCGUCGCGCUGAGUUCCCAGCGCAGCGCCGCAAAGCACUGCACCAUUGCGCUCCACCCCAGUAAGGGUGUGUGUGCGCACACGUAUGGCGCGUGUCGAUGUAUAUGCAAUAAGUAUAUACAUGUCACAGCGUGGGGGGGCGGCGGUCAUGUCCUGAGCUAGUGGUGACAAUUCCACAUUCCUAUGGCAGGGAACAAGUCUAUUCAUGGGAUGACCAAAAUGCACGUAAAUCAAAAUACACGAAUCAAUCUGAUGCAUAUAUGUGCCUGCCUGACCCUCUGCUCACAACCAUUAAGAACCACCAUCAUAGUGGACAGGCCCCGGGUAAAGUCGGAACCAUUUCCUUUUCUCCUUGGAGGUGCGAAAUCAAAUUUCCGUCUUUGGUUCUUAUUUUUACCACAUAGUUGAAGAGCAACGACAACUCGUGGUCAAAAGGAAAUCCAGAAAGGCGGAGGAAAGCGACGCACUUUACGAUCAUCGUUGAUGCACGCCAGGGGGAGGGGGGGGGGCGACGUUUUACUUGCAUGGGGUUUUGUCUGCGGUGGUGGGGGGCCAAGGGAAUUCCAAGUCAAGCGGUUGAUCUGCACCACUGCACCAUGGCUGCUGUUAUUGCUGCUGCUGAUGCUGAUGUUGCUGCUGUUACUCUUCACGGUUGAAUCGAAAACUUUCAAGACGAAAGUUGAACAAUUCCGGAUAAAUCUCUUUUUAUGCCAUUUUUACAUUUCUUUUUUCUUCUUCUUUGGAAAAAUUAUUGAAGCAAGAAAUCGAGUUGAUGUUAAGGGUUGCGUUCAUGUAACCGAUUUAAACCAUCACGGUGCGAUAAACUUUUUUUGUAACUUUUAUUUUUAAAAGAAGAGGCUGGUAUAUUUGUAUUACCGCCUUGUUCAGUGUUCGAGGCAGCCAUGGCGCAGUGAAAAGUGCAGGGAUGUCACGGUAAAUCCCCUUCCUGUGUCUCCUCCGUUGGCGGCGGUGGAUUCAAUUUCUCUCUCUGUGGCUUGACCCAUCCUCUUGCUGUCGUGUUCGUUUCGCCGAAUCGUCGUUUGUGUACUUUGUCGUAUGUAGUCGGCUCGGCCCAGUGGUGACUACGGCCACCCCGAGCUCACUCGGCCGUCGAGCUCUUCACCGUUGAUGGAUUUUGUCCGAGUUUUGUUUGAGAUGUUUCCUUCUCCCGUCAUCUCGCUCUCUCUGUCCACUCUGUCCGUCAUUGCGUUUACAUGCUUCGCGGGCCAUGAGACAUCCUGCCCGGCAACGACGUCUGGUCAAUUUGGAUGUCACGACAGCCACACGACCCAAGCCACGACGUCGGGAGAACACUACCCAACGUACAAUCGCAACGGUGACAUCGUCCAUCCAAAAAAAUUCUGUCUCCGAUUUUUUUUUCUCUCCCUUCCCAUCUAGGUUCAGUUUUCUUUAUGCAGCCACUAUAAAUAAUUGGCCGGAAAUGGCGUUUUGAAGAACAAGGCUGCCAGUUUAUGCACAGAUUGUGUUGCAAUUACAAGUUUACAGCAGGGGUGCGGGAUCUAAACGAUGUGUCGAUUCAAAUCGAUUCGCGUGCAUCGGAUCACGCGGGCACGUCAGAAUCAAUGUUGGUUUUGCGAUUCGAAUUUACCGUCUGUAUGCAAUGGGCUCACGCUCGCCGCUGCAGCCCACUGGAGGCGCUGUCGUUUAUCGCCACGAUGUAAGAAAAUCGAUGUACGGAAUCUAUUCUCGUGUUUAAAAAAAAAAACGCUGACCUACAAUCGUAACGAUUCAUCGCUUAGCCAGAAACCGAGGUGGUGGUGGGGGGGGGGAUGAAUAGCUCCACUCGUUGACUAAAGGUAAUGUCUUUCCUGAGGGACCCCCCCCCCCCCCCAUCAAUCCUCUGCUCUCUUUGUCCCACGCCGACGCCUUCUCUGCACCGUGUCUCUCUUUGUAUCUCACGGUCAUCAUCGCCCCCCCCCCCCCCCCCCGUUCUCUUGAAUUGACAUCGAGAGAGAGCCGGUCUUUGUUGGUUGCAGCAAUAAGGUGUUCAAUUGCAAAGGCGAAUGCUGCUAAAGAAUAAAAAGGGAAACCAGGCCUUAAUAACGUGCCAUUUAUAGUCGCGAAGGAACAAUUUCUAUGAAGUGCUGAAUCGCUCAAGAGGCUUUUUUUUAUUAUUUUUGCGUUAACCUUUCCGUUCCGUUGGGUUACGCGUUGAUUUCAUCGGGUUUGAAAGCAAUCGAAGCAAAAAUGAAGCCAACAACGUUAUCUUUUAGAAUCCACACUGGAGCUUUUCUUGAUUGUAGAUUAUUUCAAUCCAACGGUGUAAUGCACAAAAACGAGCAACACUUGUAAAAACAGUGGUAAGAACUUAAGUGGCCAGUCAAACAAAAUGGGUACCAAAUAAAAACAAAACAAACGUGAA